AUGGAGCGGGCUGGGUCUGGGGCCAAGUCCCUGUUCCCUCAAGGGCCCAGCUUCACCCUCGACGACUUCUCGAACCAGGACUUCGUGGUCCGCGAAUUCGUCGAUACCCUAGCCGAGAACGCCGUACCGGCGAACCGUCGGUCGGGCCCCUCGCAGCCCGCCUUCGACCCCAAGCCCCUCAUCCGCACCUUUGAGAAUGCGCUCUCGCAGCUUGGAUCGUUGUCCGAGGAACUCCAGGAGAAAGAAUCGGAACUCCAAUCCACCGUACGAAGGGCCGAAGCCCAGCAUGACCAGACCCUCGAUACCCUUGGCCGAAAGCUCGACCAGUCCAUGGCGUCCUUCGAGGCGCUCGAUUUGUCGCUGAACCAACCCACGACCAACGGCGCCGACAGAAACGCGCGGCAAGAGGCGGGUGGGAACAUAGCUGUGCAGAUCGGCGAGAAGCUCGAAGAGCUAGACAGGAAGAGGAGACGGGCCCAAGACGCCAACUUUCUAAUCCAGUGCUGGAUCGAGGUCAGCGAAACAGGCCAGCUCACGUCGCUGGAGGAGAUCCAGAGGCAGGGCGCAGCGGAGAACAAGGUCCGGUGCGCCGUUAUCUCUCGUCAACUCAUGCGCAUCAGCCAGCGGCUCGACCCGUUAUCGUGGGGCCAGGCAAACGGCGCGAAUGGGUUCCGAACGAACGGAGUCACGAACGGCGUCACUGGGAACAACCGCGCCCACAACACUAGAGAACUUCUCGAAAAGUUCUCGGAAUCGUUGGAGCAGGAGCUGUUGAAGCAGUUCAACAGCAGCUACCGACGCCAGAACUUCGACGACAUGAUGGAAUGCUCCAAGGUGCUUUACGACUUUAACGGUGGCUCCAGCGUCAUUGCCACUUUUGUCAACCAGCAUCAGUUCUUCAUCGACCGAGAUCAGCUGAUCUCGGAUGAAGUGACCAUGGAUGGAGACACCUGGGAACAAAUCGCGGACCCUGAUUCCGACCCCCCGGGCGUCGAGGCCAGUCUUCAGUCCCUUGUUGACGAAGUCAAGCUCGUCAUGCAGGAGGAGUCCUUUAUCAUCAAGCGGGCAUUCCCCUUCUACGAGACCGUCUUGAUCAAGUUCAUCCAACGAGUUUUCCAGCAGUCCAUUCAACAAAGGCUCGAGAUGGUGCUCGACAAGGCCAACGAGGUCUCGUCUCUGGCCUUCCUGAGAUCACUGCACUCUUCUAGGACAUACAUCAGUGCUCUGAUCGAAGACCUCAAAUCACACGGCCUAACCGAACACCCGGAGCCAGCCUCGCCGCAGAUUUCUCAAACCCUCGACCAGCAGAUGGAGGAGCUUUUCGUCCCAUACCUCGUCGGCAACUCGUAUAUCGACCGAGAGAGGAAGAGUCUCGAGGAGACAUACAACUCGCUGCUGUUCAAGUUCACGACCUAUCACUCCAAGAGGAAGAAGGCGCCCACCGGCUUCAUGGCCUCGCUCGCUCAGCAGAGCUCACAGCUGUUGUCGUCGGCGAAGGACGCUUACCUCGAGCGCCUCGACUCAUCCGAGUUGACGGCCACCCAGAAGGCCAUGAUGCUUCGCGUCGCAGGGAUCCAAGACAACAACGAAAACAAGAACGACGUGGAGGUGUCGGAGGAAGACGGAAUCCUUAGCAUUGCCAACGCCAAGAGAAUGAUGAAGUGGCUCGCCGAGUCUGUCCGAAGAACCCUGGAGCUUGGCUCUCCCGUCGAUACGCCCAAGGACGUCAACGUCCUCCUCAACCUCCUGCUGACGACGAUGGGCCGCGUCUACGUUGAGACGGCUUUAGACGCCGCCCUCGACCAGGCAUCCUCGCAGGAGAACAUCAAGUCGGAGCCGGACCUGACAUACCUCCCCGCGAUCCGCCCCGCGGUGACCAUUACCAGCAUCAUGGAACGCUUCAUCACCACAGUGCUGAUCAAGCUCGCCGAGUCCAACACGACAGUGCGGCGUAGCAUGUCGUCGCAGACCAAGUCGGCCAUCGACAGCAUCGAGCGCAAGACCAACGCCGUCAUGCGUAGCUCCAUCGACGUCGUUACGAACUGGGUCACGCGCUCCCUCGCAAGCCAGAAAAAGUUCGACUUCCGCCCGCGCGAUGCGGACCUCGACUCCCUGCAGACGGCCACGUGCCUGCAGAUCAGCCAGUUCCUCUCUCGCGUCACCAAGCACGCCGCACAGGCGGUCGACGGCCAGAACCUGGAGGUGUGGAGCUCCGAGGUCGCCCUGGCGAUCCUGGCCCUGCUCUUCGACCAUUUCAAGAAGUUCCAGGUCAACGCCACGGGGGGUCUCAUGGUCGCGCAGGACUUGUCCAAGUACUCGUCCACGCUCAAGGAGUGGUCGCUCGCGCCCGACGUCGAGACAUCGGUCGAGCUCCUCACCGACAUCGGCUCGCUCUUCAUCGUCGGCCCCGAGGCGUUGAGGGAGAAGUCCCGUACCCUUGCCGCGGGUCCGUCGGGCCAGGGCAAGAAGCUGACCAAGGCCGACUUCAAGGCCUUUGUACAGCGGCGCGACGACGCCGGUACCGUCGGCAUCCAGAGCGUUUUGGCUGGACUUUGA